GCAGCUCUCUGGCUCCUCAGUGAGGGGGAACUGACACAGUGUAAUGACUCUGUCUAUAGUUGAUGCAGUAGAGCCUCCUAAUGGACUGACCUGCCUCUGUAAUGGCUUCCGCUUGUCUUAAGUGCAAAGACCGUGGAGCCAAACACAACUCCAUCAAGCGCCACAGACAGAGAGAGUGCUGGAUAAACUUCACCGACUCCACAUGACUGAUGGACAGAUCCUGGAUUUUGGAACAUUAAAAGAUGCUUGACUGGACAUAGUUGACAAACAUCAGUGCUGACCUUUGACCUCCAGCCAAUGAGUCCCCAUUUUUGACUGAUGGAAGAUGGAGAAGUCUGCGUUUCCGCUUUGUGUUUGGAGCACCACACUGUAAACAAUGGAGGCGUCUGGAUUCCCUCCACCAGCAGAUCUUAACAAAACUGAACUUAAUGAGACAUUGAGUCAUGGCCACCCAAUGCAUCUGGCUCCCAGCAUGCAGUUAGGGAGCAUGUCCAAUCCGCAAUCGCGUUUACGAGACGUGUUGGGCCUCGUGGUCAUGGUGACUCUUAAUGCAGUAGCACUCUUGGCCAAUAGCGGAGUGCUUGCUGUAAUGGUGAAAGUGCCACAUCUCCGCAAGUUCAGUUUGGUGUGUCACCUCUGCAUCGUGGAUUUGCUGUGUGCUGCUCUGCUAAUGCCGCUUGGCAUCAUCUGCGUCUCGCCCUUUUUCGCCGGCAUCGUCUUUUCUGUACUUGAAUGCAGGAUGUACAUAUUCCUUAAUGCCUUUCUCAUAUCUGCCUCUAUCUUUACAGUUACUGUGAUUAGCAUCGAACGCUACUUCUACAUUGUGCAUCCCAUGAGGUACGAGGCUAAAAUGACGCCUUGGUUAUCCGCAGCCAUGAUGGGAUUUGUCUGGGUGGCGUCUACUUUGCUAGGAUUUGCUACCGUCUUCGGAUGGCCCAGUUAUGGAAGUAGAAGCUCCAUUGCUGCCACCCAUUGCUCUCUUCAUUGGAGCCACAGCGGACACCGGAGAGUAUUUGCUAUUUUAUUCUGCACAGUUUGCUUUUGCGUUCCAGCUGCUAUUAUUAUUGCCGUCUAUGGGAAUGUCUAUAAAGUCGCCCACGCGGCUGCACGGGAAAGAGGGCCGAUUCCGAGCUGGACAAUGGCGAGCAGUCAUCCGAAGCAUCGGUCUGAUUCUGUCAACAGCCAGACUACGAUCAUCACCACCAGCACGAGCCUCCGCAGAAAUCAAGUCCCUCUCAGGAAAAGGAGACUGGUUGGUGGUAAAGCGGCUCUUACUUUAGCCAUCAUCGUGGGUCAGUUCCUGCUCUGCUGGCUGCCUUACUUUGCAUUUCACCUGCAUUUGUCGCUGGGAUUCUCCCAUAGUACCUCUGAAGAAGCCGAAGGACUGGUCACAUGGCUGGCGUAUUCAACGUUUGCAGUAAACCCGUUUUUUUACGGUCUGCUCAACCGUCAGAUCAGGGAGGAGUUGUGUAAGAUGCUCUUGUGUUGCCAGUCAGCCGGCAGACCGGUGCGCCCCUCAGCAUCAGGCCACAAGCGUUCAGGACAUCAGGACUUUUUUCAUUUUUUGCACAGGAGCGGUGACAGGGACGGAGUUAAAUGCAGCUACCACCUGGCUACACCGAGGAGCACACUGGACCAGACUAGUUUUAGGAUACCGGGGCAAAUACCUGAAGAGAUCACCUAAAUCAGGGGUGCCCAAACUCAGUCCUGGAGGGCCGGUGCCUUGCAGAGUUUAGAUCCAUCCCCAAUUAGACACACCUGAACCAGCUAAUCAAGCUCUUACUAGGCAUACUAGUAACCUGCAGGCAGGUGUGUUGAGGCAGGUUGGAGUUAAACUCUACAGGACAUCGGCCCUCCAGGACCGAGUUUGGGCACCCCUGACCUAAACUAUUCAUGAGAUUGACACGAGAUGGAGGAUUGGAGAGGAUUAAUCAUUCAUUUUUUGUAAUAGAUUUGCAUUUUUAUCAUAAAUUAUUAUUUCAGCACUUUAUAAGCUUCGCUUUAAAUACUGCAUACAAUAAAAAUUCACCCUAUCUAUUUUCUUAAUGCAUGUUAUUGAUCUUAUUGUGAACGAUUCAUCCAUGCCAAGGCUCAACAGUAUGAGCUUCUCACUCGCAUUUGCAACUAUAAAUAGAUGUGUGCAAACCAUAAAAUGUAUUUAGGAGCAUGUGUGCGAAUAAAAAGGUCUUUGAGAGUCCUUAAAAAUCUUUAAAAAUGUAGUUUUAUGAAGGUGAUAAUAUAUUAAAUUGUAUAUCAAACAAUCAUUUAAAGGGUCUUAAAUUUGGGGGUGGAAAAACAGGAAUUAUGAUACAGCCUAUAAUGUAAUUAUUAAACUUCUAAAGACUAUGAAUUUAUUAAAUAAGUGCUGCACAUUUCAAAGUAGAAAUGCAGUGUUGUUGUGCACAUCAAAACAGUUUGCAAUCAAUGAAUGCCAUACAUUUAUGCCAAAAAAUGCUUAUGAUUUACUUUUGAUGAAUUGAGACAAUGUUAAUUUUAUUGUGUUGUAAUAUGUACAAUAGUAAAGCGUAUACAUUUCAAAAUAAAAGUCCAGGGAAUUUUUCAACUUGGACAGACUUGUGAUUUAUGGCAGACUUCUCCAGUCAUUUAGUGCACUUAAAUGCUGCCCCUUCACAAUCAACAACUCACAUUUAGAUCUGUUGCAUUUUAUUAAGAAAUAUAUAAUAAAUAUAAUAUAUAAUAAAUUGUUCACAAUAAGAUCAGGCAUGUGCAUUCAGAAAGCAAACAGGGUAGGUUUUGAUGUUACAUAGACUUUUAAAAGGUCAGCCACACUGCGACUGGCAACACAGUGACAACCAACGAACAACAAAUGCCUUCAUCCAAUCACAGCCUUUUCUAGUGGUGACUCCGCCCAUGUGUUUACAAACACAGAGCUGAUUAGGGUUAGAACAACACAAACUGACAUGACAUAAUUAUUGUCCAAACUUUUAAUGUCAUCAAGCUUAACCAACAUUUAAAUAAAACUUACAGUGGGUAUAGAAAAGAAUCAGUCCCCUUUAAAAUAAUCACAUUUUGUUGCUUUGUAGCCUGAAUUGAAGAUGGAUACAGUUGUUGUUUGAUCCAGCUGUAUUUUGAUUCAAUUUUUUUUUCUGACAUGUUGGUGUUAUAUCUUUUACUUGGAUGUUAUAAGUUGCACUGAG